AUGUAUCCUUUCACGUCCCCUUCAUCUUCUGUUGAUUGCACUCUUUCGUUAGGAACCCCAUCUACUCGUUUAAGUGAAGAUGAUGAGAAAAGAAUUCGACAUGAUCAGCACCGUUCUGGUUCUUGCAUGUCUAACUUUUGUUGGGAUAUUUUGCAAACCAAAAGUAAUUCUACUCCUUAUCCACCUCAAGCCCACAAAUCUAGCCGUGGAAAUAAUAACACCAGUCAUAAUAGCAGUAACAACUUGGCCAAUAAUGAUCCUCUCCUUGCUCGCCGAUGCGCUAACUGUGACACCACUUCUACUCCUCUUUGGAGAAACGGUCCAAGAGGCCCUAAGUCACUUUGCAAUGCGUGUGGAAUUCGGUUCAAGAAGGAAGAGAGAAGGGCAACGGCCGCAAAUGCAAGCAAUGGAAAUGCAAAUGCCUCGGGAGGAAUGGAGCAGCACUACGGCUAUCAUCAAAACAAUUCAUGGGUUCAGACCCAAAAAAUGCCAUGUUUCUCUCCAGCUAAUGAAUUCAGGUUCACAGAAGACAAUGAUCGAGAUUCUGAUACUGGCAAUAAUAUUCCAUUCAUUUCUUGGAGACUCAAUGUCACAGAUAGGCCUAGCCAGCUUGUUCAUGACUUUACAAGAUACUGA